AUGACGUCACCACCAUCUACGUCAUCAUCGGUAGGACCUCUCAAUCUAGGCAUUCUGGGCCACGUGGAUUCGGGAAAAACGACAUUAACACGUCGAAUCGCCGAACUCGGAUCAACGUCAGCAUUCGACGCCCACGCAACAUCCACAACCACCGAUGGAAUCCGCCGAAAUACUUUGGAUUUGGGAUUCUCUACGAUGACGUCACUAUCUGGAAGGCGAUUGGCUCUUAUCGAUUGCCCUGGGCAUUCGGGAUUAAUACGGGCGGUCUUGGCAGCGAGUACUGUAUUUGAUAUGGCUAUUGUGAUAAUUGACGUUGUAGCAGGUAUUCAACCACAAACCGCCGAGCACCUCCUGUUAGCCUCCAAAUUUUGCCCAAAUCGAGUGAUAAUUGUGCUAAAUAAAUGUGAUUUAGCUGAAAAAUCCAAGAUCUCAGAAUCUGCGAAAAAAGUGCGAAAAGGCCUAAAAUCGAUGGGCGUUGACGAGAAUUCUCCGAUCGUUGAGAUGUCCCUGGCCGAUGGAUAUUUUAAAGAAGAAAUGCUCCAAAAUCUAAAACUCGCCAUUGAAUCCAGGAUUUUUGAGCCAAAACGUGACGAGGAAGGCGAAUUCCUCAUCGCAAUUGAUCACUGCUUUGCAAUCAAAGGACAAGGAACUGUGCUUACUGGGACAGUGAUACGUGGAGUUUUAAGACUAAACACCGAAAUCGAAUUUCCCGCGCUCAACGAGAAACGUCGUGUCAAGACCCUCGAAACAUGGAAACAACGUGUUGGCCAAGUGGCGGCGGGCGCCCGAGCCGCCUUCCUUGUCGCCCCCUCAUUUGAUGAACAUCGUUUCUCCCGUUGCAUCUGCGGACCGCUCGGAACCCUAAAAUCCACGAAAUUCGUGCUGGCAACCGUGGAACCUAUCCAGUUUUUUAGAAAAUCAAUAAAUUCCAAAUCGAAAAUCCACGUGGCAGUCGCUUUUGAGACCGUUAUGGCGGAAUGUCAAUUUCUCAAAGAAAAGGAAAAUGGAGAAUUUGAAAUGCUUCCAAGUCUCCUGGCACCGUGCCAAGUGCUAUUUUCAUUCGAAAAAUCGAUAUUUCUACCCGAAAACUACAGUAACCCGUUCAUGGCCGCCCGUCUCGAACAACAACCGGGCAGUGGAUGCCGUUUCGCUUUUUCCGGAAUUUUCAGCCAAAUUUUGCCUGAAAAUGGGAAAAAUUUGCCGCCGAGAUUUACGAGAAAAUGCAGAAAAGGACAUGUGGAAAGAGUGGAAAAAGAUGGAUUUUCGGCGAUUUGUACUGGAAUGUUCAAGGCCGAAACGAAUUUUGACGUUUUUCGCGGUUUUCAGAUCUGCACCUCAUCUGGUCCACGUGGAAAAAUCGAAGGCGCUUUCGGAAAAUCGGGCAAAUUUCGUGUAACCUUCGCCGAAAAAAUCGACGGAAUUCUGACGGAGAAGGAGGAAAUUUCACUUUUUUUGAAGAAAUAUCAUAAUGAGAAUAGACUUGUCAGUUAUGUACCUGAUUAAUUUUAAAAAAAUAAAAAUUUGAAUAUUUUA